AUGUUCAAGCGCAGCAUCAUGGCGACGACUCAGACUUUGGACACCAUCAUCAUCGGGGCUGGCUGGUCCGGUGCCGUAGCCGCCCGCGAACUCGCGACCAAGGGCCGCAAGGUGUUGGUGCUGGAGGCGAGAGACAGGGUCGGAGGGCGUGCAAGCACAUGGGUGAAAGGAGACGUCAAAGUCGACGUCGGAUGCAGCUGGAUCCACGGCUACAGAGAGGGAAACCCGGCUAGAUACAUCGCGCAAGACCUUGGUGUUGUGGCGCAUCUCCCCAAGGCUGCUGAGGGUGUAGUUUAUGGCCCGGGUGGUCGUCUCGCUAGCUCAGAGGCCGACAACCUGCGCGCAACACUGGGGGCUGUCCAAGCAUCUGCUAAGCUCCCUCAUCCUCCUCCCUCGCCCUCUGCUUCACUGGCGUCGGCCCUCUUCGGCGACGAUUCGGCACUGACCGCAUCAUCCCAAAAGGAUUUGGCUGCCGCGCUUGCCCGCUCCCUUGAGAUUCCUCUAGGGCUCAAGCUUGAAAAGGCAUCGUUGAAGUGGGCAGGAUGGGAGACCAUAACCGCCUUUGCCGGCUCUGACGCCGCCCCUGAGGGAGGCUACGAGGCCUUGGUCAACAAGGUCGUCGAUGAUGCCAAGGCCAAGGGCGCCGAGGUGAGAUUGAGCACAAAGAUCGCUCGUGUUUCGCAGAGCAGGGAUGGAGUCGUCGUGACCGACGCCCAGGGCAACAAGUUCAUCGCGACGACGGCCAUUUCCACCAUCCCGCUCGGCACCCUCAAGACUCUCCCAGAGAGCACCUUCAACCCUCCCCUCCCCCCUCGUUUGCAGGAGGCGAUCAAGGGCACCCACGUCGGCGUUCUAGAGAAGCUCCUUCUUCAAUACUCAACAGCCUGGUGGCCCGAGGCCGACAGCGCGGGCUCGUACACUUUCUUGCCUUCCUCUAAGAAGCCUCUCACCGGUUCCUCGACCCCCGCUGAGAUCUUUGAAGCAUCUACCUUGGUCUGCGCCAACUUCGCCAGUCCAUCCCUUCCUGGCUCCAGCCCAACCCUACUGACGUAUCUUUCCGAAACCCCGGCAACCGCCCUUCUUCGCUUUGACCCCAACGAGGUUGCGGCAGCCUACCAUAAGUUCCUCGUGUCCCGUUUCAAGCCUUCUUCUGAGCCUCCGCAACCAAGCGAGACCAGCUUGACGAACUGGUUGACUGACGAGUUCUCGCGCGGCGCCACGACGACACCGUCCAUCGUCUCGGAGAACGGAGAGCGAAGUCCUCUCGACUUCAAGGAGCUAGGUAGGCCCGUAUGGGACGGCAAGCUUGGGUUUGCCGGCGAGCACACUGAGAUGGAAAACCGCGGAAGUGUUGCUGGCGCGGUCAUCAGCGGCUAUCGCGAGGCUGAGCGCGUCGGCAGACUCUUGAAGUUGGUCGAGGAGAGUGCGAAGUUGUGA